GUUCCUUGGGAUGAAACGCUGAUCUCAGAAGUCAUACUGCAAGAAGAGGGCGUAUGGUGUCUCAUCAAACAUGUUCCCCCAAAACCGGCCCCCGGCUCAUCUGCAGGCUCCACCUGUUGCCACCGCAGCAGCUGCUGUUGCUGCCGCCGCAGCCAGUGUAGUUUCAACCACCCCCCAGUCCUUGAAGCUGACGUACCCAGAGGUCUUGGAUCGCAUCAAAGAAGAAUUUCAGUUCCUGCAGAACCAGUAUCACAGCUUGAAGCUCGAAUGCGAAAAGCUGGCGACAGAAAAGACGGAAAUCCAGCGGCAUUAUGUCAUGUAUUAUGAAAUGUCCUAUGGUCUGAACAUCGAAAUGCACAAACAGACGGAGAUCGCCAAGCGGCUCAACGUCAUCUGCGCACAGCUCAUCCCCUUCCUGUCCCAAGAGCAUCAACAGCAGGUGGUUCAAGCCGUGGAACGUGCCAAGCAGGUGACUAUGGCAGAACUGAACGUGGCGAUUGGGCACCAGCUUCAGGCCCAGCACCUCUCCCAUCAUGCACCCCCCAUCCCGCUGACCCCUCACCCCUCCAGCGUGCAGUCGGCAAGCCUGGCGACCAUCGGCAGCGCUUCUGGGCUCUUGGCGCUCUCCGGGGCCCUGGGGGCUCAGGCCCAGCUUGUCCCAAAGGACGAUCGAGGACUUCAUGAUCCUGAGCACAGAGAGAGAGACCCGGGUCCCAGUUCGUUAGCCCUGUCCAACGGAGAAAGGAUGCGGGCCAUUUCGGACUACCUGACCGGUGGCAAAAAGAGGAAGUCAGAGGAGAAAGAUUACGGCACAGACUAUGGGAGCGACGGAGAGAAGAGCGACGAUAACCUUGUGGUGGACGAGGACCCCUCUUCCCCCCACAGCGUCCACUCCUUCUCCUCCCGAGAGAAUGGGGUAGACAAAGUGUCCCUGCAGCGGAAAGAGACGAUUCAGCUCAGUCCCACCUCCAUGGCUUCCUCCAGCAGCACCUCCCCACCACGGAUCACCAAGGAUGUGCCGUCUAGUAAAGUGGAGAAGGCCAGCACCCCAGGCUUGAAAUCCAGCACCCCCACCUCCCAAGGCGAAGGGACGGGCCCGAGUUCCAGCAGCAGCACCCCGCAGCUCCGCCCAGGCGUGGCCAAGCAGAUGGUGGAGUCGCUCGCCCUUGGCCUGCGAAACCCGCUUGCUCUGCAGGGCACCUACCCGGCUGCUUUCAACGUAGCCCAUGCAUCUGUCAACGGAGAAAUGGCCGGUGCCGGGGCUUAUGCUGGACUGCAUCUUGUGGCUCCCCAGAUCAAUGGGGCAGCCGUUGUGGGGGCUAGCACUUAUGGACGCUCUCCGCUGGUUACCUAUGAUCCCCAUUCACACUUGCGGGUUCCAGGACUCUCUACGGGAAUGCCGGCAGGAACCUCUUCAGGGAAACCCGCCUACUCCUUCCACGUGAGUGCCGACGGUCAAAUGCAGCCGGUCCCCUUCCCGCCCGACGCCCUCAUCGGCUCCGGCAUCCCGCGGCAUGCACGCCAGCUCCACACGCUGACCCACGGCGAGGUGGUCUGUGCCGUGACCAUCAGCAACUCCACCCAGCACGUCUACACGGGGGGGAAGGGCUGCGUCAAGGUGUGGGACGUGGGGCAGCCCGGAGCCAAGACGCCUGUUGCGCAGUUAGACUGCCUGAAUCGGGAGAACUACAUCCGCUCUUGCAAGCUGCUCCCCGACAGCCGGAGCCUCAUUGUGGGCGGGGAGGCCAGCACCCUCUCCAUCUGGGACCUGGCGUCUCCCACCCCCCGGAUCAAGGCCGAGCUGACCUCCUCCGCCCCGGCCUGCUACGCCCUGGCCAUCAGCCCCGACGCCAAGGUCUGCUUCUCGUGCUGCAGCGACGGGAACAUCGUGGUGUGGGACCUGCAGAACCAGGCGCUGGUCAGGCAGUUCCAGGGUCACACGGAUGGAGCCAGUUGCAUUGACAUCUCCAACGACGGCACCAAGCUCUGGACGGGGGGCCUGGACAACACGGUCCGGUGCUGGGACCUGAGGGAAGGCCGGCAGCUUCAGCAGCACGACUUCAGCUCCCAGAUCUUCUCCCUGGGCUACUGUCCCACAGGCGAGUGGCUGGCUGUUGGGAUGGAGAGCAGCAACGUGGAAAUCUUGCACGUGUCGAAGCCGGAGAAAUACCAGCUCCACCUUCACGAGAGCUGCGUCUUGUCCCUCAAAUUCGCCUCCUGCGGGAAAUGGUUUGUCAGUACGGGAAAGGAUAACCUCUUGAAUGCGUGGCGAACCCCCUACGGAGCCAGUAUAUUCCAGUCGAAGGAGUCCUCCUCCGUCCUCAGCUGCGACGUCUCAACGGAUGACCAGUUCAUCGUCACGGGCUCCGGGGACAAGAAGGCCUCGGUUUAUGAGGUCAUCUACUGAGGGAGGCCGGCCGCCUCGUCAGGAACCCAUCCUGGGACAGGAGCUAAUCACUCUCCCCAGUGUCCAGCCAAAGAAUGAAGCUUACAGGAACUUGGCCGGGGAGAGAGAGGCAGCAGGGGCAGCCCCGGCCCCCCCUAGGCCCAGCAACCCUACUUCUACCGGAGGGGGAGAGAGAGAUCAUCCAUUGCAGAACAAAAACAAAAAAAAUGAC